AUGAAGCAGUUGGGUGACUUGAAUUAUUUUCUGGGAAUAGAGACUGCCAGAACUGAUGAGUCUAUACUUCUAACACAGAAAAAGUAUACCCUAGAGUUAUUAACUAAAUCUAAUAUGCUUCAUUGUACUUGCAAUACACAUGUAGUAAAAGAAUCUAUAGCCUCUAUUCAUGAUGGAAUCUUGUUGGAUAAUCCAGCAGAAUACAGAACUAUAGUUGGUAGCUUACAAUAUCUAACUAUUACAAGACCUGAUAUAGCUUAUGGUGUCAAUUAUGUAUCUCAGUUCAUGCAUGCUCUUAAAAAUAUUCAUAUGCUUUUAGUUAAAAUGAUUCUGAGGUAUUUAAAAGGCUCAAUUAAUUUAGGACUUGUUUUAAUAAAAGGGGAUAGAAGUGCAAUUACAGCUUUUACCGACUCUGAUUGGGCCAGAUCCCCUGAUACUAGAAGGUCUACUUCAGGUUAUGCCAUUUUUAUGGGAAAUUCAUUAAUAUCAUGGUCAAGCAAAAAGCAACCUACAGUGUCAAGAUCAUCUGCAGAGGAAGAUUAUAAGUCUUUGUCAGUUGUGGCUUCUGAGUUAGAAUGGUUAUCAAAUCUGUUUAAAGAAUUACAUAUUUCAGUUACUUAUCCAAUAACUAUUCUUGAAAGUUCAGCAUGUUGCUUCAGAAAUCCAACUUGCAUAUUUAUUCACAAAGGGGCUCUGUUUUCCUGCAUUCUCUACUUUGCUACAACAAUUGUUGGGUAUUUGACUUUCACAAUUUCUACUGUUGAUGAUGAUGUUGUUGCAAAGGUUAUUUCACCAGUUACUGAAGAUGGUGUUCACUUUACAGGCUUUUCUUCUCGGUCUUCUGUUGUAUCUUAA